ACACAAACUAUUUAAAAUCUAUUUUUGUAAUGACAAAUCGGUUAAGUUGGGUGAUCAAAUAAUCGGCCGUCUCGAAAUUGCACUACUGUGCUGACUAUAAGGGGCCACCAAAAUUUUUCAAUUGAUCAAGAAACGAUGGAAAAUAUUGCGGAACGCAGUUACGCCAAUUUGUUGUGUUUAUUAUACAGACAUGGAAAACUUGGGGCCGCGUAUUUUAAUUCCGAAGAACAAACGUUGAAUUUGUACGAAGAAAUGUGCGAUACCAAGCCGCAGUAUUUAAGAUCGGCAUCCAUUUUGAGAGAGGUAGCGCCUAAAUACUUGUUGACAUUUGGCAAUUUAACUGAGGAAUAUGUCAAAGCCAUUGUACAUUUUAUUCAGUCUGCUAAUGAAACGGUUGUUACUUCUGACAGUCUUGAAUUGCCUGAGAACGUGUUUUUGACUUCAAUGAACGAUUAUUCGUACGAAGUAUGUAAAACCAUAGUCCAAAAUAUCAAUGUGGCUUCGAAUCAUUUGGAACGAUCAGAUGACGCAAAACAAGAAUUGUAUUUUCACUCUAUAAUUAACUGGGAUCACAGAUUGUCCAUACAGGCCUUGGCAGCAUUGUAUAAAUUUAUAGAAACACAUUCCACCAUGUUCAAUUUUCAGGCGGGCAGUGUAUGCAUCAUGCAUAUUAAUCAAGUUACACUGAAAAAUCACGUGCUAAUAGACAAUGCCAGUUUCAAGACUCUAAAAAUUUUCUGCCAAAAAUCGCACGACGCUGCAUUUAAAAGAGGUGAAGAGUCAAGCUCUCGCGAAGGCUUAAGCAUUUAUAAACUGUUCUUGUCAUCUUGUAAAUCCACUUUGGGGAAAGCUCAUUUAAGGAAUAUUCUGUUAUGUCCAAUCAAUCAAAUCGAGGAGCUCAACAAACGUUUGGACUUCAUAAGUUUUGUUCAGGACCCGAACAAUAGUGAUUUUAUCUCGAAUAUUCACGAUAAUGUUAAACAUUUAACAAAUUUGAACACUUUGAGUGAAAUUUUGGAGAAAAUUUAUAAUGCCAGAGCUAGUAGCAGUAAUUGGAAAACACUUUACGACACUAUGAUGCAUAUUGUUUUUAUCAACGACAUCAGUAAAUCGUACAGGAACAAAAAUACUUUAUUAAAUGAAUUGAACGAAACUGUGACAGAGAAUUUAUAUGGUUUGCAAGACACUAUAAACAAGGCACUGGAUUUUAGUGUUGAUGUCAGACGGGGUAGACCUGCUAUAAAAUUUGGUUUAGAUGAUGAUUUAGACGCAAAGCUGUUACGAAGACAGGAUAUCUCUAAACAUGUCAAUGCAGCUGCUAGAUGUGCUCUAAAUGAUUUACCUCAAUUUGUAAGCGAGUGCAAGGUUGUAUACUUACCGGAAAUGGGCCACCUGGUGGCUAUUAAGGAAUGGGAACCUAACUGCGACCAGUCUGCUUUUCAGGACUUGGGAUACCAAGUUGUGUUUUCUAUUGGAGGUACAAUUCAUUACAAAACUCCUAUUUGUGUAGAAAUGGAUAGAAGACUGGGAGAUAUAAAUGGAGAAAUUAUUGAUCACGAAAAUAGAAUUCUAAGACGUUUGGCGGGAUUUGUACUGAAAUAUAACAGAGAUAUAAGAGAACCUUUAAGACUAAUUGCCCUAAUGGACUGUUUGAUAGCUAUGGCGAAAGUAUCCCAACACAACAAUUACGUUAAACCAACUUUAAACAAGGACAACGUACAAGAACUUGUGAAAUGUCGUCAUCCACUUAUGGAGCGCAUUCUGACCAGUUUUGAACCCAACGAUUACUAUUCUGGGGGUUCCCACUCCCACAUGAAAAUUAUCACAGGUCCGAAUGGCAGUGGAAAGAGCAUCUACUUGAAACAAGUGGUUCUAGUAGUUUAUUUGGCUCACAUUGGCUGUUAUGUACCGGCAGAACGAGCCAACAUUGGCAUGGUACACAGUAUCCAUUGUUGUGGACAAUCUCAAGAGUCUGCUGCAGUAAGACUGUCAUCUUUCAUGAUUGACAUAGCUCAGUCUUCCCAGAUACUUCACUAUGCUGCGCCAAGUUCCUUAAUCUUGUUGGACGAAUUUGGUAAAAGUACCCUGGCUGAAGACGGCAUAGUUUUGCUGGCAAGUUUUUUGAAGAAAUUCCUCAGCCAAAACGAAAUGUGUCCCCAUAUUAUUGUGUCCACGCAUUUCGCAAAACUGGCCACCUUACUACCCGAGAAUAGAUACUUGGAAUAUUACAAAACAGACCAUGCCUUCCGCGACGGCACAUUUUGUUUCUUGUACCAGAUAUCGAAAGGAACUUCAAAGAGUUUUGCCUUUGAAAUCGCCUCAGCUGUUCUAGGCGAUGAUAUCAUCCAACGUGCCAAACAAUAUUAUCAUUGUUUACAAAAUAACGUUCCCAUGGAUCCUCAAAAAUAUCAAUAUUUUAAAAAACCCACCUAAAAUAUUGUCCAAUCUUAAAAAAAUUGAUGUUUUGUAGUCCACCUGUUAAAAUAUGUUGACAGUUAAGUUUUUAGUUUUA